AUGUCAAAUGUGUAUGGAAAUGUUUCAAUAAGUUAUUUUGACCCAUUCGAUGUAUUUGCAAGUGUCAAGAAGGAAUUCAUCAAGAUCUUAUCCUUUGAAAAUGUUCACUGGAAAUCUCCAAAUGGUACAGUGAAGACAGUGAACCGUUUAUCAGUUGACCUAUUCCCAGAAAAUGAUAACAAUAAAAAUAAACAUACCACACCGUAUAUUAAAUUCAUAGUGAUCAAUUGUAUUUCCGUUGACGAGUAUAGAGCUAAAGUACGUCCUCUGCUGAGGGAAUGGUUACCAAGUACAUUACAGAACUCACUAAAGGGCAGCCAUGUGAAUAUGGAAUCCAAACCUAUUAUUUUAUUGUAUGCCAAUUCUGAAGUAAUCGAUUCUACUCUAUUUAAAUCAGUUUCUUUACUAGACAAAUUUGCCAAAGAUUUUCCCGAUGUACAGACAUUAGAAUUAAGGUCAGUUUACAAGUCUCCGAAGGAGAGGGAUGAGUUUUGGAGUCAAUUAAGUCACCAUCUCAAAAACCAACUAAUUAAUACUUUCCAGAGAAGAUUAGAUUAUCUUAAAAAUCUUUUGAAAAAUUCAAAUACAUUUGAAAGGGAAUUGUUGAUCAGAGAAAAUCUAUUUGAAUUAAUUUCAAGUUUUGAAUUAUACGAUGAAGGUAUUGAACAAUUAAAUAUAAUAAAAGAUAGAUUCAUUAAGAAUGAAAAAUUGGAGUUACCUAAGGGUAACUUGGAGGUUCCAUUUGAGUUGGUCACAAAUGUGAAUCGAUCAAUAUCAUCCAUGCUGAGUGAUAAGCAAUUGUCUAAGUUCGAGUAUUAUAGAUAUUUUUUUCUUAGGGAGUUUAAUUUACUGAAAUUGGACAAUAAUUUACCAACUGACCUACUAACUGCCUACCAAUUAAUUCAAUCAUUCAUUGUGUCCAUAGAAAUUAACUUCUCACAGUCUGAACUACUAUUGGAAUUUAAAUUCUUUUUUUUUGAAGCUAUUUUGAAGAGAUUAAUGAGUGAUAACUUGAUCGACCACCCUCUUGUGCAUGAAAUUAAAGGGGAGCUAUUAAUGAAGAAACGUGAUUGCUGGCUUAAUGGAGUUCUAACUAAUACAGACUUCGCUCUAAUGGACAAGUCGUUUAUAAAUAAUCCUGUCCCAUACACUUUUGAAAAAGCUAAAUCAAGCUUUAAGGACGAAGAGACGUUUCAUGCCAAUUUCUUCAACUUAACCAAGGAACUUUUGUCUCUUUUUAACAAAUGUGAGGGGAGACGCCAACGUAUUGUUGAUAUAUUAUCCAUUGAAAUUGGAAUGUUACAUUAUCAACGAAUGGAGUACGAAAGGGCAGUUAUGCUAUUUAUGUCAUGCUAUGAAUAUUAUACACAAUCCAAUUGGGAUAUAAUAGGAUUUAAAAUUCUGAAAGUUUUUGUCCAUUCUUUAGUUAAUUGCCCCUCUUUGAAAGAAUUGACAAUUGAUGAUGAACAGGUUCCGGUGACAACAAUAUUGAGUAGUUCCUUCUUAAGUGUGGUAAGGAUAACUGCAGAUCCGGAAGAGAAGAAAAUUUACUGGAAAAAAUUUGUCGAACUUCGAAGGAAGUCACAAGCCUUAGAGUUUUCCUAUCCAAAUAGUGGAUUUUUUGAUGUGGAAAAUAUUGGACUGGUUAAAUUAUAUGGUGCCAAUGAAUAUGGUAUUGAAGUUACAUUGAAAGAUAUUGGCUUUAUCGAGGAAGUGGAUAUUGAUUUUAUUAGUUUAGUCGUAAAGAAUUCUAUGAAUGAGCAAAUUUGUUUUCGAAAUUCUUCUCAAGAGAAAUUUAAUGUGGACGAUGACAAACAUACCUUGAAGACUCAUGAGAUUAUAUUUGGCGAAUUUGUUCCACAAAAAUUAGAAGUUUCUAUUAAUGGCACCACUUUUGUAAAAGAGUUUAUCAAUGGUACACUACCUGUCAUCAACAUUGAAGCAAUCUUUGAUAUUGAAAAUGUCACUUUCUCUCUUCAGCAGGCGAGGAGUCUUGAAUUAGGUGAGUAUUCGUUGGAGUUAGGAAUUUCUAAUUUAGACAAAGUUGAAGAUAUGCGUUGUAAACUUAAGGUAAACUCAUUACCAAAUGGUUCAGUAGAUUCCUUGCCAAUUAGUUUUUCCAACGAAGAACAGGUGUCCAUAUACGAGAUAAGUGACCCCAAGAAAUCUCCGAUAUUGGUGGAAUAUUUCUUGAAUGCUCCCACAACCUCUUUUUCUUUACAAUACACUGCCAGUUUUGUACGUGACGGAGUAUCCUGUAAGGAAGUUCAAAAUAUUACAGUGAAAUGUUACCUUCCAAUUUCCGUCUCUGUAGAGGAUAUAUUCAAGAGGGAUCUAUUUUUCUUCAGAUUUUUGUUGAAUUCUGUCCAUAAUGAUAACCCCAUUAUUGUAUAUAGUUCCAAAUUGGAGAAUUCGGGUGAGGAAAGGUACGAGAUUGAAGGUAACUUCGUUCCAUCUUCUCCUGUAGCUCUGAGUUCAGACGCUAGUGAAAGCUGUUUCAAUUGCUACAAGAUAAGACCCAAAGAAGGUUAUCUAUUCGAUUCACAAGAUAAGUUGAGUUUGAAAGUGAAAUACAAUACACUGAAGGAGAAAUUUGAUUGUCUCAUCACAGAUGCUGUACUAAUCCAAGGUGACGUGGAUUGUUUCCGUCAGUUUGAGAAAUGGAAACUAUUCUGGGAGACCAAACUUCUCACCCAGCUUUCCUACGAUUACAAGAUCUUCGAGGAGCAAAGCAUUCUCAAGUUUACAGAAUCCACUAACAUCUCCAAAUUUUGCAAACUCUUGAAGGAAAUUCCCAUGGAAGCCAGCGUCCAGAGGGGCAUGUUUGAAUGUCUGAAACGAGUCUCUCGUGGUAUUAAGAUGAACAGUAUUGAUAUCGAUGAGUAUUUAAAGAACUUGUGCCCGCGAGAAUUGAUUGUCCCCGUUCAAUUGCCUGAGUUUGAACAAUUAUUCUCGGUGGAAUUAUCUAUGCUGAAUGAGUUAUACAAGAAGGAGGGGAGUCUUACAAUAGGGACGGCGGUCCCGUUUGACGUGAAAGUGGAGAAUCUGAGUAAGCAAUGGAAACAUCCCAGAUUAGAAAGCGAUACCCCAGAAGGGAACGUAUUUGUGUUUGAGAUAAUGACAAGUAACGAGUGGUUAGUCAACGGUAAGAAGAGGGUCGGUUUGAAUUCUGAAGAUACGGAGUACCAAGUAUCCCUGAUCCCGUUGAAAAAGGGCUAUCUGAGCUUCCCACGUGUAGAGAUAACGAGUGCGGACGGUGGAGGGGCCAGAAUAGACUACUUGAAUGCAUACGAGACAGUUCUUGUAUUCUAA